GCGGGUCGGGCAUUUAACUUGCCACGUGACCAAGUUUCGCGCCACGUUUGUUUUGUUGACAACUUCUGCUGAUGCACGGUUUCUGUCGGCUGGUGAAACUUGGUGGUGAAUUUCUUUUCCCAAAGGCAAAGUUCGUUUCCAGAAACUCGAUUUCCAGACCUCAACUUGUUAUUCAUCAUGCCUGCGAAAGACUACAUCGCCGAGAAAGAAAAGUGUAGAAGUUUUAUGUCAGAUUUCUACAAUGAGGGAGAUGAUGGCACAAAGAAUUUCAAGUAUGCCAGACAACUGAUUGCCCUUGCCCACCGCGAGCAGGUCGCCUUGACGAUUGACCUGGACGACGUCAAUGAGAUCGAUCCCGAGCUGGCCGAGUCCAUCGUGGAGAACACACGGCGAUACACCAAGCUGUUCGCUGACGCCGUCUUUGAUUUACUGCCAGAUUAUAGGGAGAAAGAGGUGAUACAGAAGGAUGCUCUGGACGUGUACAUUGAGCACAGGCUGUUGAUGGAGCAGCGCCUGCGAGGUCCCAACCCUGGCGAGGUCCGGGACGCAAGGAACCAGUUCCCGCCGGAACUCAUGCGCAGAUAUGAGAUCUAUUUCAAGGUGCCGAGUCAACAGAAAGCCCUGUCGAUCCGGGACGUCAAAGCCGACAAGAUCGGCAAGCUGGCAUCGGUCCGCGGCAUCGUGACCCGUUGCACGGAGGUCAAGCCGAUGAUGACUGUGGCAACGUACACCUGCGACCAGUGCGGCGCUGAGACCUAUCAACCGAUUGGCUCGCCUACCUUCAUGCCGUUACUGAUGUGCCCAAGUCAAGCCUGCCAAGCUAACAAAUCUGGCGGCCGCCUCUACCUCCAGACCCGGGGGUCCAAGUUUGUCAAGUUCCAGGAAGUCAAGAUCCAGGAACAUAGCGACCAGGUUCCCGUGGGCCACAUCCCCCGCAGCAUGACCAUCUACUCAAGAGGAGAGACCACCCGAUGCUGUCAGCCCGGCGACCAUAUCGGAGUCACAGGGGUUUACCUGCCGAUGCUGAGGGUCGGCUUCAGACAGAUGGCCCAAGGUUUGCUGUCGGAGACAUACAUGGAGGCGCAUCACAUUGUGAAGAUGAACAAAGCUGCGGAGGAGGAGAUGAGCCUGAAGGAGCUCACCGACGAUGAAAUCCAACAAAUCGCAGAGGAGGAUUUUUACGAGAAGCUCGCCUGCUCCAUCGCGCCAGAGAUCUACGGCCACGAAGACGUUAAGAAGGCACUGUUGCUGCUGCUAGUAGGCGGGGUGGAUCGCAACCCCAAAGGGAUGAAGAUUAGAGGGAGCAUCAACAUUUGUCUGAUGGGUGAUCCUGGUGUGGCCAAGUCCCAGCUGCUGUCCUACAUCGACAGAUUGGCACCAAGAAGUCAGUAUACCACUGGUCGUGGUUCAUCCGGCGUCGGUCUGACUGCCGCCGUCAUGAAGGAUCCAAUCACCAACGAGAUGGUCCUGGAAGGCGGCGCCCUCGUGCUGGCCGACCAGGGCGUCUGCUGCAUCGAUGAGUUUGACAAGAUGAACGAGACGGACCGGACAGCCAUCCAUGAGGUCAUGGAGCAACAGACUAUAUCCAUUGCAAAGGCUGGUAUAAUGACGUCCCUGAAUGCCCGCGUGGCCAUCCUAGCAGCCGCUAACCCCGCCUACGGACGCUACAACCCCAAGAAGUCUAUUGAGCACAACAUCCAGCUCCCCGCUGCUCUGCUGUCUCGAUUUGAUCUGCUCUGGCUGAUCCAGGAUAAGCCUGACAGGGAGAACGAUCUCAGGCUUGCCCAGCACAUCACCUAUGUACACCAGCACAACACACAGCCACCGAUGCAGUUUACUCCGCUCAACAUGAACCUCAUGCGUCGAUACAUUGCUCUCUGCCAGACCAAAGUACCAGCCAUUCCGGAGAGUUUGACGGACUACAUCACGGGAGCAUACGUAGAAAUGCGCAAAGAGGCCCGAGGGAGCAAGGAUACUACAUUCACGUCAGCCAGGACACUACUGGCAAUCCUACGUCUGUCAACAGCUCUUGCUCGUCUGAGAUUGGUGGAUGUGGUGGAGAAAGAAGACGUGAACGAAGCGAUGAGGUUGAUGGAGAUGUCCAAGGAAUCCCUGCAUGGCCAACAAGAAGUCACAGGAAGAAAGCAGCGAUCAGAGGACGUCGUCUUCAGCAUCAUCCGGGAGAUGGUGUCGGGCAAGCAGAGCGUCAAGUUUGCCGACGCCCGCCAGACCUGCCUGGCCAAGGGGUUCACCAACGACCAGUUUGAGGAGGCCCUGGACGCGUACGAAGAGCUGAACGUGUGGCAGGUCAACAACGCCAGAACCAAGAUCACGUUCGUCUAGUCAUAUUGGAGAAUUUCAGGCCCGAUUUCAUGACUGUUAAGCACCGAAAUUUGAUACGGAAAAAAAAUGCUCAAAUAUCAGAAGUGCAUCUAGCGGAGGGACAAAGAGUAAAACGUACACAUUCUUACAUCAGAAUUAACAGUUACAUAUAUAUGGAUUUAAACUUGUUGAAUUUACCAGCCCCUACCUUUAAA